AUGGAGAUUCCGGCCAAAUUGCCGUUCUCCAAGCGCCGGCUCCGACCGCGCGUAGUCAUUUCGUACAUUUUCGACUAUGUGAUCCUAAUCGCCUGUGUGAUCGGCUUUUGGAUCCUCGAUUCCCUUGAACCAUACCAUCAACACUUCUCUCUCAAUAACAUCUCCCUCCAAUACCCAUAUGCCGUCCACGAGCGCAUCCCAAUCCAAUACGCCCUCUGCAUCUCCGGCCUCUUCCCGCUGGUCCUCAUUAUCCUCUAUACCCUUUUCAUCGAUGGCCUUUUCUCUCACCAUAAACCCCAGGACCCAGUUUCCGGCAAGCGCAAGUUGCGGGGUCCGUGGCGCUGGAAGGAUCGCUUAUGGGAAAUGAACUGCGGUAUCCUCGGUCUACUGCUAUCACAGGCAUUGGCUUUCCUCAUUACACAGGUAUUGAAGAAUGCGUGUGGCAAGCCCCGACCCGACAUAAUUGAUCGGUGCCAACCGCGGGCGGGAAGCCAUGAUGCGACUCCUUACGGGUUAUCCAAUUCCACAAUUUGCACUGGAGAGGCAUCCUUGAUCAAAGAUGGAUUCCGAUCGUGGCCAUCCGGCCAUAGCAGUUCCUCAUUCGCAGGACUAUUUUACACCUCUUUAUGGGCAGGCGGCAAGCUGCAUAUCCUCGACAAUCGAGGUGAAACAUGGAAGACCCUUCUCGUCACGAUCCCGAUCCUUGCCGCAACCCUUGUCGCAGUGAGUCGCAUCAUGGAUGCACGCCAUCAUCCCUUCGACGUCAUAACCGGCUCAUUCCUCGGUGUCGCAUGCGCAAUCCUCUCAUACCAUCAAUACUUCCCUCCAAUCACUCAGCCCUGGCGCAAGGGCCGCGCAUACCCGAUCCGAACAUGGGGAACAUCACCCGCAGUCCCGAUCGACGCGAAAUUCAGCGCAUUAAAUGAGAGCCAAACGGCUUUGCGCAGUCCCGAGGCAGAGCGAUUAAACGCACCUAGUUUGCGUGGGCGCUCCUUAUCUCCGAAUCAGCCGGUCGUUCCUGGCGCGACGGGAUACGCGAAUCCUACAAGCCCACAUAUGACGCAGGUGUAUCCUCGUCGCGCACAUGAUCAUGACCCGGAUGGAAACUGGUCGUCGAGUGAAGAGGAUGUUGGGGAUGGGUAUGAGGCGCAGAAUGGAUAUGCGAUGACACAGAAUCCUGGUGUCAAUCGUAAUUCGGUGUCGUUUGAUGCUCCUACUACCUAUCCUCCUGCCUAUCAGUCGCAGAUGCCCACGGUACCUGUUGGAGCCGUUCCAUAUUCAUCACCGGGUGCUCAUGGUCAUAUUAGCCAACAGCGAUCACUGAAUGAUAUUGCGGAGAGACAGGUAUAA